UAGAUAGAAUAUGACAAUAUAAUGACUAUUCCACUAUCCACGGUACGGUUCAUCUCUGUUCCAAAUGACUGGAGUCGACAGUACCGCAACGUUAGAGAACUGCUUAAAAACAUAGCUUUACGUAAAACAGGUCAUAGCGCAAUGUAAAUGUCAAGAUUCUGCUGAUCUGUGUAUGCCUAUAAAUGAUCUAGAUUCUAGACUAGAAUAUUGUAGAAUCUACACUAGUCUACAUCUCUUUCUAGAUCUAGUCUAGAUAAUCCUGUAGAUCAGCGUGACGUCGGGUCAUUUCGAAUUCUACAUCUAUUAUAGUGGUCUGCCAUAGACAGUCACAUAGUAGACUAGAUCCGUAGGCGUAGAGGUUUGAUUAGAAUAGAUCUAGAAUCUAUAAACAAAACAUAAACAAUAAUUUAAACAUGGUAGACACAUCGUAUGCAUUAUGUUGUGCUAGCAUGCCAGUUUGGUUCAUUCUGCUGGUUAUUUGUGUAAUUUUACUAUACAUAUAUGGAAACUCUCCUUACAGAUUAUGGAAGAAAUUAGGCAUACAAGGGCCAGAAACAGUCACAUUUUUUGGCAACAUUCAUGAAAUCUAUGGUUCUUCAGGGGGAAUCGCUUCUUAUGCUAAAUGGAAUUCUCAGUUUGGUCGUAAAUAUGGAGUUUAUUAUUUUCGACAGCCUGCUCUUGUUUUGACAGACCCUGAUUGGAUAAAAGAAGUUUAUGUCAAGGAUUUCAACAAUUUCAGAGAUCGCAUGACAGUGGAUAGUAAUAUUCUUUUAAACCAUGAAAUAUUCACUGGUCUUUUCUUUGCUGAAGGAGACGUGUGGAAAAGGAUUCGAAGCAUCAUGAGCCCUUCUUUUAGUAUUGCAAAGGUAAAAGCAAUGAACAGCACAAUAGACAGAAGUGCAAUGCGCCUAGGGGAUCAUAUUUUGAGACUCGCAGAAGAUGGCAAGCCAUUUGAGGCCAAAAGAUUGCUCGGGGCCUAUGCUAUAGAUGUUGUUACUGGCGCAGGUUUCAGCAUAGAUGUGGAUUCCGUGAGUAAUGUAAAUGAACCUUUUACAAAGCAUGGACGAAGUUUGUUCACAUAUACCUGGUUUAUAAAAGUUCUUGCUUUUAUAGCAGGAUGUUUUCCUUCCAUAUUGGCUCCAAUUGCGAAAAUCUUUAAUAUUGGCUUUUUUCGGAGAGAGGAUAUGGACUUUUAUGUCAAAAAUAUUAAAAUAAUGAUUAAUGAACGAAAACAAAAUCCAGAUGAAGCAAAAAAACGGGACAUUUUACAAAACUUAAUUGAUGCAGAAAGUCAAUCUAUAACUGAUGCUGGCAAGUUAAAAUUAACUUCUGAUGAGCUCGUGGCACAGGGCAUUAUGUUGUUCUUAGCUGGUUAUGAAACAACUUCAAGCACAUUGCAAUUUUUACUGUAUGAAUUAGCAAGUCACAAAGAUGUCAUGGAAAAAAUUUUUGCAGAAAUCAAUGCUGUCAUUGGAGACCAGGAACCCACCUAUGAGUUGUGUCUCAAUUUAAAAUAUAUGGAUGCAACAAUUAAUGAAACUUUAAGAAUGUAUCCACCAUUGUCGGUUCUUACCCGGCAGUGCAAAAAAACAACAAAACUGUUUGAUCUGGAACUUCCUGCUCACACCGCAAUAGCGAUUCCUGUUUACAAUCUACAAAGGGAUCCAGAGUUCUGGAGAAACCCUAAUAACUUUGACCCUGACCGCUUUAUUGAAGGAAGCCCAACUUAUGAGCAUUACAAUCCCUUUACUUAUAUGCCAUUCGGCAUAGGUCCGAGACUUUGUAUAGGCAUGUUGCUUGGAAUAAUGGAAGUAAAACUUGCAUUGAUUAGAAUUUUUCAGAAGGUAGAAAUUACAAAAGCCACUCCAGAAGUUUUGAGCAUUAGUGAUUUUACCACUAUUCUUCAACCAUUGGAACCAAUCCAUAUUUUCUGUAAACCCAAAACAUGCAAAGCUAAAAAGAUUAAUUAAAGUAUAAAUUUGAAAUUCUAUGCUUAAGUUGUCUAUAAUUAUAUUGAUAUUAAUAUGUAAGUAUAUUUCAGAACAUAAGAACAACAUACAUGUUACUAUAUUGUUCAGUGUCAUUGUGAUAAUAAUAAGUAGUGAUUUAUGAUGAGUCUAAUUUAUGGUAACAAGGAUUACUUUUAAAAUUUCAAACAUUGAGCAAAAUAUAAUUUUUGUAAUGUAUUUUUCUCUUUUUAAAUGUGAAUGUUGAAUACUCAUAUCAUCCAAUGUUAUUUUUACAUGGAGUUUAGAUGUUAUCCUUUGUUUUAUUAUUUUUAUACUCAUUAUACUUUUUUGCUGCUGCUUGUGUGGGUAAUCAAAUUAUUGUCAUGGUUGUUUUUUGUGGCUAUAAAAAUACAAACAAUGGUUUUAUUGAAUUAUUUUAGACCAAUGUUUUGAGUGCACACAGGGAGGAGGAAUAAGAAGAUGGUUUGCUGACAACUAAAACCUUUUCUGCCGCAAUUUUUGUGAGAAGAGUCUUCAGCAAGAUGAACUAAAUAAUCAUUUGCAGAAUGUGAUUCUAGCCUUUUUUUUUCACCAGAAAAAUAAAAAAUUCUUCCAAGCACAUACCAUCAUUCUGAUGAUCUUUAUCAUGAUUAAAUAAAGUACAGUACAAGAUGAUUUUACAACAAUCAAACUUAUGAACCACACUUUCCUUAAAUGUCUCUCACACUACAGUUUUGACUCUGCCUGCUCUGUUCUUUUUUCUUUAUUUGACCUCAACUCUUUUUGCUAUGAUAAACAGUUAGCUAUAGACACCAGGAGUAGGCAUUUCUGCUGCUCAAAGUUUGGUGCCAGAAUGGAGACAGGCAUAUAUCUUUCUUGUUCUUACAGGAAGCCAUAAUGACAUAAGCAAAAGGUUUAGUAUUAUAGUUAUUAUGUAUUUACACAAAGAAAAAGGUAUAAAUAUUUUAUUAGAAUGCUUGUGAUUGUAAAUUGUUUUUGUUAAAUUUGUUUUUAAAUCUUUUCUAAAAAUCACCUUACUUUUUCAUUAGCAUGAUAAUAAAAAUAGUCUUUGAAUAAGAAUUAAAAAUAAGUCUGCAAGCAUACACAAUGUCAUUCAUCUUCAGUAGGUGUUACGACACAAGACUCUUUGAAAUAAUAAUACACUCUCAGAUUAUUACUCUAUAAAUACUUUAAUAUUACAACAAGUUAUGUAAAUACGAACAUUUCAUUUCUCUUCCUGUCAAUUUCUCCCCGCUUCCCCUUUUCAACAUCACUUCCAUUCAUUACACAAAUUCGCACCAUUAUUCAUGCACACCUUGCUGCGCUACGACCGUAACAGUAGGCUUAUAUAUACAAAUAUAUAUAUAU